UGUUACUUCAAUCUCAAACAAGGCUUGCAUCGGUUCAUGGUUGCAGGGUACAAAAUGAGGUGCGAUUUAAUGUCCAUCAGGGCAUCCGUUCCUAAGAUGCUGGGUUUGUGGCUCACAGUGUAUUUGGGGCAGUGACAGGGCAGAGGAGACCCAGGUUGUGACUGGGAAGUUUCUGCUCUCAGCCAAGAUGUGCACAUGAAUUUGAAAUUACCCAAGAGGGUGUUUCAGAGCUCCCUGCCAAAGAGUGGUGUCUUCUAAACUGGAGAACAGCUGCUGGGCCCAGGCAUGCAAACACACACACACAGACAUACUCACAGAGCCUAUACCUGCCUCUACUUGUCUGUGCUGAACAGAUGGCUCCUGGCUUUUGGGUCGCCUCAUUCUGAAGCACAGUCCAGUGAGACCCUUUCUUCGGUGGAGACUGGCAAGCCGGGGGGUGAGAGACUCUGCAAGGUUGCCUGUCUUCAGAGUAUGAAGGGCGCUGCCCAGCGAGUGAAGAGGGUUAUAUUUAGAGUUUGGGCCCAAACAGUGUUGGGCUCCCCACUGCCUGUCCUUUAUAGAACUGUCAGUGGCCCCUGGUUGCAAAUUUUCAGUGGCUUUGAAGUUCACAGGACAAAAACCGAGAGAGUGUCCAAAAAGAAGAGAAGAAAACAUUGGUGUUGGUCUUGGAUUCCACUGCUGGAUUUUGGUGGGAAUGAGAAGAGAGGACUGCCAGGCGUGGUCAAGCAAAGGUGCCUGUACGGUAAGUCCUUAAAGAAUGCGUUCCAGAAGCAGUGACACAGAGGGCUCAGCCCUAAAGCAAUUUCCAAGACAUAGUAAAGAGCACAGUUUCCAAGGGCCUGAAGACAUGAAGCAGAGGCAGCAAGACAAAGACCCCACCAGUGAUGCGGAUGCAAUUCUACAUCCCACGUCACACAGUGGUAAUGGCCACCAAGGAGAAGACCUCUCAAGAGAUGACCUAUUAUUUCUUCUAAGCAUUUUGGAGGGAGAACUGCAGGCUCGAGAUGAAGUCAUAGGCAUUUUAAAGGCUGAAAAAAUGGACUUGGCUCUGCUGGAAGCUCAGUAUGGAUUUGUCACUCCAAAAAAGGUGUUAGAGGCUCUUCAGCGAGAUGCCUUUCAAGCUAAAUCUGCACCUUGGCAGGAGGACAUCUAUGAGAAACCAAUGAACGAGCUGGACAAAGUUGUGGAGAAACACAGAGAAUCUCACAAAAGAAUCCUGGAACAGCUUUUAAUGGUAGAAAAAUCUCAUAGGCAAACCAUACUGGAGUUGGAGGAAGAAAAGAGAAAACAUAAAGAAUACAUGGAGAAGAGUGAUGAAUUCAUAAACUUACUAGAACAGGAAUGUGAAAGAUUAAAGAAGCUGAUUGACCAAGAAACUGAAUUCCAGGAGAAGAAAGAACAAGAAAAAGAGAAGAGGGUCACCGCCCUGAAAGAGGAGUUGACCAAACUGAAGUCUUUUGCUUUGAUGGUGGUGGACGAACAACAAAGGCUGACAGCACAGCUUGCCCUUCAAAGACAAAAAAUCCUAGACCUAACCACAAGUACGAAGGAAACACAUGCUAAACUAGCCCUUGCUGAAGCCAGAGUUCACGAAGAAGAGCAGAAGGCAAGCAGAUUAGAGAAAGAACUGCAAACACAGACCACAAAGUUUCACCAGAACCAAGAAAUAGUUAUGGCGAAGCUCACCAAUGAGGACAGCCAAAAUCGCCAGCUUCGACAAAAGCUGGCAGCACUCAGCCGGCAAAUUGAUGAGUUAGAAGAGACAAACAGAUCUUUACGAAAAGCAGAAGAGGAGCUCCAAGAUAUAAAAGAAAAAAUAAACAAGGGAGAAUAUGGAAACUCUGGCAUCAUGGCUGAGGUGGAAGAGCUCAGGAAACGUGUGCUAGAAAUGGAAGGAAAAGAUGAAGAGCUCAUAAAAAUGGAGGAGCAGUGCAGAGAUCUCAAUAAGAGGCUUGAAAAGGAAACAUCACAGAGUAAAGACUUUAAACUUGAAGUUGAAAAACUCAAUAAAAGGAUUAUGGCUCUGGAAAAAUUAGAAGAUGCUUUCAACAAAAGUAAACAAGAGUGUUACUCUCUAAAAUGCAACUUGGAAAAAGAAAGGAUGAUCACAAAGCAGUUAUCUCAAGAACUGGAGAGUUUAAAAAUAAGGAUCAAAGAGCUAGAAGCCAUUGAAAGUCGGCUGGAAAAGACAGAAUUCACCCUAAAAGAAGAUUUAACUAAACUGAAAACAUUAACUGUGAUGCUGGUAGAUGAACGGAAAACAAUGAGUGAAAAAUUAAAGCAAACUGAAGAUAAGUUACAAGCUGCUGCUUCUCAGCUUCAAGUGGAGCAAAAUAAAGUGACAACAGUUACUGAGAAGUUAAUUGAGGAAACUAAAAGGGCACUGAAGUCAAAAACCGAGGUGGAAGAAAAAAUGUACAGUGUAACCAAGGAGAGAGAUGAUCUAAAAAACAAACUGAAAGCAGAAGAAGAGAAAGGAAAUGAUCUCCUGUCUAAAGUUAAUACGUUGAAGAAUAGGCUUCAAUCAUUGGAAGCAAUUGAGAAAGAUUUCCUUAAAAACAAAUUAAGUCAGGAUUCUACUAAGUCCACAACAGCAUUACACCAAGAAAACAAUAAGAUUAAAGAGCUCUCUCAGGAAGUAGAAAGACUGAGACUGAGGUUAAAGGAUAUGAAAGCCAUUGAGGAUGACCUCAUGAAAACAGAAGAUGAGUAUGAGACUCUAGAACGAAGGUAUGCUAAUGAACGAGACAAAGCUCAGUUUUUAUCUGAAGAGCUGGAACAUGUUAAAAUGGAACUUGCCAAGUACCAAUUAGCGGAAAAGACUGAGUCCAGCCACGAACAAUGGCUUUUCAAAAGGCUACAAGAAGAAGAAGCUAAAUCAGGGCAUCUCUCAAGAGAAGUAGAAGCACUGAAAGAGAAAAUUCAUGAAUACAUGGCAACUGAGGACCUGAUAUGUCACCUCCAGGGAGACCAUUCAGUUCUGCAAAAGAAACUCAAUCAACAAGAAAACAGGAACAGAGACUUAGGAAGAGAGAUUGAAAACCUCACUAAAGAGUUAGAGAGGUACCGGCAUUUCAGUAAGAGCCUACGACCUAGUCUGAAUGGAAGAAAAAUCUCUGACCCUCAAGUGUUUUCUAAAGAAGUGCAAACAGAAGCAGUAGACAACGAACCACCUGAUUAUAAGAGUCUCAUUCCUCUGGAGCGAGCAGUCAUCAAUGGUCAGUUUUAUGAGGAGAGUGAGGACCAGGAUGAGGAUCCUAAUGAGGAGGAAUCUGUGUUGUCCUUCAAAUGCAAUUCAUCUAUUCCUUGUCCUGUUAACAGGAAGCUAUGGAUUCCUUGGAUGAAAUCUAAGGAGGGCCAUCCUCAGAAUGGAAAAAUACAAACUAAAGCCAAUGGUAAUUUCGUGCAGCCUGGAGAUCUAGUCCUAAGCCAUACACCUGGGCAGCCACUUCAUAUAAAAGUUACUCCAGACCAUGUCCAAAACACAGCCACUCUUGAAAUUACAAGUCCGACCACAGAGAGUCCUCACUCUUACACAAGCACUGCAGUGAUACCAAACUGUGGCACCCCAAAGCAAAGGAUUACCAUCCUUCAAAAUGCCUCCAUAACACCAGUGAAAUCCAAAACCUCUGCUGAAGGCCUCAUGAAUUUAGAGCAAGGCAUGUCCCCAAUUACCAUGGCAGCCUUUGCCAGAGCACAGACCCCAGAGUCUAGUGGUUCCGUAACUCCAGAAAGGACAAUGUCACCUAUUCAGGUUUUGGCUGUGACUGGUUCAGCCAGCUCUCCUGAACAGGGACGCUCCCCAGAGCCAAUAGAAAUCAGUGCCAAGCACGCAAUUUUCCGAGUCUCCCCAGACCGGCAGUCAUCAUGGCAGUUUCAACGUUCAAACAGUAAUAGUUCAAGUGUGAUAACUACUGAGGAUAAUAAAAUCCACAUUCACUUAGGAAGUCCUUACAUGCAAGCUGUAGCCAGCCCCGUGAGACCAGCCAGCCCUUCAACACCACCGCAGGAUAACCGAACUCAAUGUCUAACUAAUGGGGCACUAAACAAAACAACCAAUAAAGUCACCAGCAGUAUUACUAUCACACCAACAGCCACACCUCUUCCUCGACAAUCACAAAUUACAAUCAAGGAGGUAAGCAAGCAGAGAAUCCCAACACGGAUCCCUAAACCAAGAUCUACAGGCAUCAGUAAGCUUUCCCCUAAACCUCCUCCAGGGCCAAUGGAUAAGCCUGUUCACCACACUGGUUAUGGAAAGCUACACAUCAUAAGGACGGUAACCUCCAACACUUUCCUCCACAUGGGAGGCAAAAGGUAAGUUGUGCCAGUGCACUGCCUGGAUAAAUUCAUCUACAGAAACACCUGGAAAGCUGAAAUUACCACUAUGGAAGGCCAAAGAGGAAAAGCCAUCUCUCCAGGAAAUGGUGAAGCAGCAAAAUGACAGAGAGUUUAUACCUAGGUGGCUGGACCUGGUGAACACCACACUGAAAGAGCGGCCCAUCUACAAUUAUUUUUAUAUGUAUAUGUGCGAGUGCAUAUACACACAAUCACUGGCCUACACAUGCCCCUCAAAUCCUCAUCCUACUGUAAUCCAACCCAAAGUUGGGACUAUCUACAUUACACUGGGAUAGGACUGAAUUCACUAGAAUAGUUCAAAAGUUCUUUGGUGAACCCAGAAGUAAUCCUUCUUUUCACAGAACUUUGUUGAAUCAUAUUCUGUUAAGAAGAUGUGCUGGUGAGAAUUCCUAAUCUGCUUCAAGAAAGUAAUAUUAUUUCCAUCAAAAUGAGGGGGCAAUUAAAAUCACAUGUAAGGUCUAAAACAAUGAUUUUUUUUACGAGCCUUAGGGGAAAAAAAGUAAGUGGUAAUUCUUAGUUACAAGGAGGAAAAGAACAACAAAAGUAAGUAAUAGCUGAAUACAUCCUUUGUGUGGUCUACCUGAUAAUCGCUGGUGCACUGUGCACACUUGACUUCUGAUACUUAAUCCCGUUUUUCCAUUAAGUUGCUCCCCCUGUAUAUACCAGGCCAUGGAAUCAUACUGUAAGGCAAUCAUAUGCUUGUAAGGCAAACCAUUUUAAACUGGUAUUCGUCCUUUCUAUUGUAUAAGCAGUUAGGACAUUUGAGAGUCAAAGUUCAAUAAUAUUGAGAUAUUUUAGGGAGAUGUGAAUCAUUGUCCUGAGUGUUAAAAAAAAUUAUUAUUUCAUAGGGCACUCUUUAAUCAACAGCUCUUCUCUGAAUCAAUGCUAUAGAAAAAUCAACUGAUUAAACCAAAACUUGGCAUCAGGAGACUCAAAUUCCAGCCUUAGUUUUUCACUCAUUUGACACUGAGCUUGGCAUUCAUUAGUUGAGGCUUGGAGUUUCUCAUAUGUAAAACAGAAGAGCUGAACAAUUCUUCACGUUUCUUCCAGUUUUGAUUACCCAUGAGCAUGUCCAAGUACCAAAUGCUGAAUUCAACCAGUCAUCUGCAAGGUAGAACUCAGUUCCCUGGCAGUAAGCUAAAGUAAUUCUUUUCAUCACACUGGAAACUCUCUCAUUGAAUAAAAAAAAAAGAUGUGUCUGCAAUUCAGUGUGUACAGAGAAAUACAAUGAUGUUUUAAGACAAAGCAUUUUUGAUAUGAGAGAUAGUUAUAUCUUAUAAAGCUUCAGUCAGAAAAAAAAAAUAUAAAGAGCAUGAUCUAAUGUUCUCUGUGAUCCUGCAUGGAAAACUGGAGGCAUGAUCUUGGAAGAAAUCCUCAUGGCUAAAUUCACCGCUGUCACAAGAUGGAGCGAAUAGGGCAGGGAGCAAAGAAACUGCAAUUCCCCACACUCAUCCAGUCAAGCCAACUCCAAUGCAUUAAUGCCUCUCCUGCCUCUUAUUUAGAGGAGGAAAAGGACUGGAAGCAUUGGCAGCAUUCAGCUAUGCAAGCAAGAGAGAGGGAUAAUGGGCAGUAGUCCCAGAAGGCAAAUGGCAGAGGGAAAGGGUGAAAGGCCAGGUGAAUUAAAAGUCAGAGUGGGAAGUCUAAGAUAAAGGAAAUCAGUAAGAGAAUAGUGGAAAGAGAUGGGCUACAAAAGAAGGCGAUGAACCUGUGACAUCAAAAAUAAUACAAAAGACAAUUCAGAGGGAAGUGCAGGGCAGUAACAGGUGGGCAGUGCGGUGGGAAAACACUGUGUAGGGAACUUAGGACUGUGCUUGACAUAAUCAGGUAAUGUUAAGUGAACAGAGGAUGCGUAAAGAAGGAGAGAAGAGCUAUUCAGUCAAGACAUAAGUGAGAAGAUGUCCUAAGAGAUGGCGAUGUUGUAUGAUGGGGUCAGGAAAAGCUGGGUAACAUUCAGCACUGAUAGUUAUACUAAUGGAAAGAAAAAACAAAAACAAAAACGCCGGACCUGCUGGUUGCUAGUAGAAAGCAAGAGACUGAAAAGAAGCAUAAAACAGGAAAAGCCAAGCACCAAUAACAGUAUCAGCAAAUACAAAUACCCUGGGGACAUUUUACCUUGAAGAGGAGCACAAGAUAUAUUUUAUGUUGGAGAUUCCAAAAUUGUUUUCUCCUGUGUCAGGAGACUCCCUAAAAUAUAUUUUCACGGCAAGCUGGUGCAAGUUCAAGCUCAAGAAAGAAAGGAGGGACAAGAUAUUGUACAAAGUACUAAAAAAAGGUAGGAAAAUAGCAACACUUCUAUAGUAAGCAGUAGAAAUCCACCUUUAAAUGAUAAUACAGUUCUGAUCCCAUUAAAAGUCUUUUUUUUGUUUAAAGUCUUUGAACUCACAAAGUCUAUUUUAACAAAAGGAUUACCAACCAAAACCAUACUUAUUUGAAGCAAUGUAUAAUACAAAAUGGACUUUUUGGCCAACUCAAUAUUUAGGUUCAGUGAUUUCUGAACUAUUUUCCUUGGUCACUGUUUGAAAUAAAGCACAGGUAUACAGACGGGUAUUUUUCCAAAUUGAAGGCAAGCUCCUCCAACAGACGCACCUUAUUGGAAUACUUGCUUUAUUGUGAUGGUCUGCAACUGAACCUGCAAUAUCUCCAAAGUGUUCCUGUAUCUGAUUUUAACAGGAAUGUGACUGUUCCAAUAUAUCACUGAUAAUUAUGGACUGAGCAAUGGCGUAACUGACAUACAACACAAUUCUUUCUGUGGUAUGUUUAAAUUUCUCCUUUUCCAGAGGACAAUGUGCCAUGCAACUUGGCAUCAGACUCUGGGUCGAGGGCACAAAUUUGGCCUACUAUCUGAUCCUCAAAAGAAGAAAAUUUUCUGAAAUGUGAAAAUUACAUGAAAUUCAAAUUUCAUUGCCCAUAGAUAAAUUUCUAUGGGAACAUAGUCACACUUGUUUGUUAACAUAUUUAUUGUUUGUGAUUACAUUUUUGUUAGAAUGGCAGAGUCAAGUAGAUGCAGCACUAAACAUCUGGCCAGCAAAGCCUAAAAUAUAUACUAUCUGGCCUUUUGAAAAAAAUGUUUGCUGACCUCUGCUCUAGUGUGACCUAGACUAACAAGUUACUCAGGAACAAGAUCUUAAGAAACAUUUAAUCAAUUAAUUUUUAAAAGCAACCCUAGCAAUUGCUAAUAAUACUAGUAAAUAGCAAUAAUUCAAUUAAGAAUUCUAUGAAAGCUGAUGAAAAUGGGGAAACUGUAUUUCAAGCUGUUUGUGAUAUAGUUAGCAAAUGUAUAUGUAAUUCUAUGAACACAUUAAAGUAUUCAACUAAAAAACAUCAGAACAGAUCAAAAAAUUUGUGCCACAAAAUAAUGUGUUAUUGUUGAAUCUGAGGAAGGAAAUGGAAAUAUUUCUAGGCCUUCCAAAUUCCUGGUAUUUUUGAAGAGAUUCCUAGACAUUUAGCAAAAUUAUAACAACUACACUGUACAUGUGAUUUGCAGAAAUUUGUGUAAAUUGUACCUUUAAGCAUUCAUAAUUGUUGUCAAGGACUUGUUUAAUCAUUUUCAAGAAUCAUAGAAAUUGUUUAUGUUACCAAACUCAAGGGGUUCGCCACUGGGGGUGCUCUCUAUUCAAAAACGAGACAUGGAUGUUGCAAGGUAGUUUUAUCUACUUCCAGUGAGACAAAGAGACAGGGUGUUCGUAUCCAAACGUUUGCCUCCCCGAAGUGAGGCUUAGCCGUUGUAUAUAUACACUAUUUUGUCAAUUUUACAUGUUGCUUUCUUCUUGGCAGUUGGCUAUACUUAUCAGGGUGGGCUCCUAUUAAGCUUAUCCUAUUUAUAGCUGGUUUGCAAAAUACUGUGCUACAUUUUAACAGUUAGCAAGAACAGCAUUUAGUAAGAAUGGCCCAGACCUUGAGACCCUUGUCCUAUCUAACAUAUACAGUAAAGUAAAAUUAGACAAUGAAGGUUAUCUGUAGACCCAUAUGUUAUAGUCUUCAAGUUCAGAACAAUGACUAAUAAUGUGGCAGCCCCUCUCUAUUCACCAUCUUCCUUUUAAAAUGUAUCCUGCCCAUUUUUUUUGCCCCUGAACAUGUGUCUUAAAAUAAUGUUAUUUGAAUUUUGAUUGAACCAUAUCAAUGUAUAAAUCCCUUAAUGUAAGAAGAUUAUUUUUCCCCUCUAAUUUGAUUACAAGUGUCUAAAAUAGGGCCAAGUGUGAGAACUCAAUAAAUUAUUUUGAAAAUGACAUGCAUGCCCUGAGUUGAUUCUCUGUUCUAUGUUAUCAAAAUCUACUGUAAAUAUUCCAAGUCUGAGUUUUAUAUGCAGAGGCACUGCUUUACAACAUCUACUAUGCAUAUCUGCCUACAGGCAAAACUGAUAUUGUAAAGGCCUAACUUGGGUGUGAAAAAGGGGAAAAAACCAAAAACCUGAGUUAUUCAGGUUAGAAGGAAAGAUUCAGGUUUGAAGUAGACAAUCCCCCUACUUCAUCAUUUCGAAAAGGAAUUCAGCAUAGAUAAAGCAACAUGAUUUGAA